GAAUAUUUCAGAGGAGGGGCUGGAGAAGGCGGGGAGGGGGGCACCGGGGCGGGGUAGCAGCGCAGCGGAGAACCGUGUGUUUGUUUUCUGAGCGGAGAGUGUGCGUAGCGCGCGAGCGGAGAGCCGGCCACUCGCGCGCGCCCCGGCGUGUGCGUGAGCGCGCGCGCACGAGGGAGUGUGCCUAUAUAUCUCCUCGCCUGUUUGUGAGAGAGAGAGAGGCUGUCGGUGUGGCUGUGGCGGUGUGACAUCUCUUCGCCUGCGGGCUGGUGUGUGUGGUACUGUUGUUGUUGUUGUUGUUGUUGUUGGUAGCUCUUUCCCCCCAUUUCUCCCCCCCCCCUUCUCAGGGAAAGGCGAGUCCCCUCUGCGUCCCUCCCUCCCCCCCCACCGCCCCUCUCCUCUUCCCUCCCUCCUCGGCUCUCUCUCCCUCCCCUCCGCCCGCUCCCCUCUCUGUGCCUUCUUCCCUCAGAGCUGCCCGCCCGCCCUCGCCUCAGCUGCUUUAAUACCCUUCGGCUGGCCGCCUGCGCCUGAACUCUCGUCGUCAGCGCGCGGCUCUUUCUCCCGCUCGCGCGGCAGCAACAGCAGAAGAGGCAGAAGAAGAAGAAGAGGAGGAAGAAGACAGAGAGCCCCUCGCUCGGACCCUCGCCGGGGGCUCCUGGGCGGCAUGCUUCUGGAUGCGGGGCCGCAGUUCCCGGCGCUGGGCGUGGGCUCCUUCGCCCGGCACCCUCCUCCUCCGUCGGCGGCCGAGAUGCAGGAGCGCGAGCUGAGCCUGCAGAACAGCUUCGUGGACUCGGCGGCGGCGGCGGCGGCGGCGCACCUGGGCGCCUUCAAGCUCAACGCGGCGGCGGCGGCGGCGGCGGCGCACGAGCUGUCUCCGGGCCAGGGCUCGGCCUUCAGCUCGCAGGCGCCCGCUUACCCGCACGCGGCGCAUGUGGGCUCCUACUCCGCGCCGCCCUUCAACUCCCCCAGGGACUUCUUGUUUCGGAGCCGGGGCUUCGGCGACGCGGCGGCGGCGGCGGCCGGCGGCGGCCAGCACGGGCUCUUCGGGGCCGCGGCGGCGGCGGCGGCGGCCACGGGCAGCCUGCACCACCCGCACGCCGAGGCGCAGAGCCACCUGCUGUUCCCGGGCAUCGGCGAGCAGCACGGCGCGCCGGGCUCGCCCAACGUGCUCAACGGGCAGAUGCGCCUGGGCUUGCCCGGAGAAGUCUUCGGCCGCUCGGACCAGUACCGCCAGGUGUCCAGCCCGCGCGCGGACCCUUACUCGGCGGCGCAGCUGCACGGCCAGUACGGGCCCAUGAACAUGAACAUGGGCAUGAACAUGGCGGCGCACCACGCGCACCACCCGCACCAUGCCCACCCGCACCAUGCCCACCCGCACCACCACCAUCACCACCACCACCCGGGGGCCUUCUUCCGCUACAUGCGCCAGCAGUGCAUCAAGCAGGAGCUCAUCUGCAAGUGGAUCGACCCCGAGCAGCUGAGCAGCCCCAAGAAGAGCUGCAACAAAACUUUCAGCACCAUGCACGAGCUGGUCACUCACGUCUCCGUGGAGCACGUCGGCGGGCCCGAGCAGAGCAAUCACAUCUGCUUCUGGGAGGAGUGUCCCCGCGAAGGGAAGCCCUUCAAGGCCAAGUACAAGCUGGUCAACCACAUCCGCGUGCACACGGGCGAGAAGCCCUUCCCGUGCCCCUUCCCCGGCUGCGGGAAGGUCUUCGCGCGCUCCGAGAACCUCAAGAUCCACAAAAGGACGCACACAGGCGAGAAGCCGUUCCAGUGCGAAUUCGAAGGCUGCGACCGACGCUUCGCCAACAGCAGCGACCGAAAGAAGCACAUGCACGUCCACACUUCGGACAAGCCCUAUCUCUGCAAGAUGUGCGACAAAUCCUACACCCACCCCAGCUCCCUGCGGAAACACAUGAAGGUCCACGAAUCCUCCCCGCAAGGCUCGGAGUCGUCGCCCGCGGCCAGCUCCGGCUACGAGUCGUCCACUCCGCCGGGCUUGGUCUCCCCCAGCGCAGAGACCCAAAGCACAGCCGCCAGCAACUUGUCCUCUGCAGCGGCCGCCGCGGCUGCUGCUGCCGCCGCCGCCGCUGCGGCCGCAGUCUCGGCGGUGCACCGGAGCAGCAACGGCGGAGCGGGAGGAGGCGGCGGCGGCGGGGGGAGCUCGGGCGGCGGCGGAGGGGGCAGCGGCGGCGGCGGAGGAGCGGGCAGCGGCGGAGCCAGCGCCAGCCACGGCGGCCUCACGUCCAACUUCAACGAGUGGUACGUCUGAAGAGGCCUCCUGGCCCCGCCGCCGCCGCUCCAGCCAGAUGCCUCGAAAAUGAAGGAAGGAAAGCAGGAAGGAAGGAAGGAAGCCGCCGUCGAAGUCGCUCUCCG